AUGCUGAAAGUUAGUAAUAAAGAGGAACAGACGGAGGCGUUGGUUGAGGAGGUGGUGCAGACGCCGCCUAGGAAGAUGAAUCGGAUUGUUGAGGAGGACACGCCGCCUCUUGCGGAGGAGCCGUGUAAUAAUAGUCCGUUGCGGCAGGCGGUUUCGUUGUAUUCGCUGGGUGGGGCGAACGAUUCAUCUAGUUCUUUGGUGAUGAAUAAGGGGUUUACUUUUGGUGGGGAUGUGAGUGGGGGGGAGAGUAAUAGUACGAGCUGGGAGGUGGGGAUGCCUGGUGCCCCCGGGUCGGGUAGUGGGAGUAGCAAGCGGAACUCGUUGAAUUUGAAUAAUGCACAGGCGUGGAAGUAUAUUCCGCAGCCCAAGCUGCCUCCGGUGAUGAGGACGCACUCGCCGUCGCCUGAUCAGGGGGUUGCGAAGGGUCAGCAGCAGCAGCGGGGGUCUUUAAUAAUGGACGGGGCGCCAUUCAAUUUCUCGUCUUCGUCGUUACAGCCUCCAACGUCUUCUAGUUCUAGAGCUUCGUUCCGUAGGGGUCAUCGCUAUAAGCACUCCUCUGUAUCUAUGAAUUUCUUUCAGGAGCCGGAGGUCAAGGUGCCGCUGAACAUUGCCAAGUCAUUGCCGAUUCCGGAUCUAUCGGACUUGCAUAUGAACAUGAAGUGGCCUAUACAUCACCUACAACUAGGACUUACGUUGCUGCAGGCAGUGCUUUGUAUGGUGAUCUUCCAUCUUGGCCAGAGGCAUGAGUGGGGUAACUUCUUGACGUUGUCUCAUUUCAUCGUAUAUGACAUUCUUGGCUCAUUAACUAUCAUAGUGGUUGAUAUAUUGUCUCAAUUUGAGGUCUGGGGCACGGGUACGAUAACUUAUCCAUUCGGGCUCAAUCGUAUUGAUGUCCUCUUGUCUUUUGGAUUUGCUGUAUCCCUCUGUUUCGUUGGACUCGAUUUGAUCUUCCAUAUUCUUGAAGAAGUCAUUGUCCUGUUUGUCGAGAACGGUAAUCAUGAUCAGCAUGCGGAUAUUGUUGAGAGCAUCCCCCAUUCGCACCACACUCAUGUCGAGAGCAAUUCUCUUCCUCUGUGGUAUUUGGUGCUCUGUUUUUCUACGUUGCUGACUGUUACAGCGUUGUGCACCACCUUCAAUACGAAGAACAAUACUGACAUUAGAUACAAAACUAAGACGCCCAUCAUCACACUGGCCUACACUUCUUAUCUAUUAUGCUACCCAAUAACUUUGCAGUUCACAGAUUAUGGUAACUAUGUGGCUACUAUUUCUAUUGCGCUGCUAAUUAUAUCAUACGGGUUGAAUGUGGUCGCAUGGACGGGUACUGUGUUGUUACUCGGGUUCUCUGCUACACCAUUAGAGGCGCCAGGGUUGCAGUUACUAUCUGAUACAAGUACGCCCAAAUUAUCAACUUACCAACAAAAAAUAGCUGGUUUGUCGGUUAAAAAUCCCCAUCCAACCAGUGCUCGUCUUGGUUUGCAACGUUUAAGUGAUAACUAUGAACCUACUGUUCUCAAGGCAAGGAUCAUUGAGCUUAUUGAACAAUUACCUCAUUUCAAGAUAAAUUGUAGUUUCAAUUACUCCGAUCUAGUGAUUUCUAAGGUUAAUUUUGACUUGUUUAUAGUACUUUUAAAACUGAACAUGAAUGGAGGUUCUAACGAGGAGGAGUUGGACCUGCGGUUGGCAAUCCACAAUUGUAUUAAAACUUUAUUCUCGAAAGCAGAAACAACAAUUGAGAUAGAAAGGGUGUGA